GUCUUCUAUGACACCAUGUGGUUUUGAUCGUAUGUCCUUAUGUUUUAUGUGCAGUCUCCUUGAUCAGCAUUGUGGUAAUUCAUGGAUUUUAUACACAUAGAGCAUUAUUUCAGACAGGGCCUUGCAAAUAGUGAAAUUCUUACUCUACUGGAGAAUGUACAUGGUGUUAAAAUUAGCAAUCGAACUCUUGAGCGACUUUUAAGCAAACACCAGCUUUGGAGGAGGAAGAACAAGACUCCUGAAGCUGAGGUGGCAGCUUUUAUACAAGGACAAUUACAGACAUCAGGGUAGUUGCAUGGUUACAGGUGGAUGCACCAGAAAUGCUGGAUCAAUGGAAUAAUCACCGACAGAGAGACUGCAAUAAUUAUUUUACGGUUGCUAGACGGCAGUGGCGUUGAUCUAAGGUCUAGGAAUAGACUUCGCCGACGAGUGUAUUUCAGCCGUGGACCUGAACGAAGUAUGGCACAUUGAUGGAUACGACAAGUUAAAGCCAUACGGAGAUAUGUGAGAUGGUGGUCUAGUGGGUUAAACCACUGAAUUGGUAAAUCAAAGGUUGCUGGUUAGAACCCCGCAGCCACCACCAGUGUGUCCUUGAGUAAGACACUUUACUCCAUGAUGCUCCAGGGGGAUUGUGCCUGUGAUAAGUGCACUGUAGUCGCUUUGGAUAAAGGCGUCUGCCAAAUGACUAAAUUAUACGGGAUUGGAAUUAGUGGGUGCAUAGAUGGAUUCUCUAGAAAAAUGAUUUGGCUUGAAUCGUACAGACCAAACAGUGAUCCACGGGUCAUUGCUGGAUACUUUAUUACAGCUGUAACAGAGGCAGAGGGUUGCCCUGCACGGGUGAGACUGGAUCUUGGAACUGAGAACGGUCAUGUGGCAGAUAUGCAGAAAGUUCUGCAUAAUUCUAAUUCAUUAUCUGUCAGUUUUGGGCCCAGCACAGGAAAUCAGCGGAUUGAGAGGUGGUGGCUCAUACUUAGGAGUCAGUGCAUCCAAUUUUGGAUGAACCUUUUUGACAACCUUAAAGAGGACGGACAUUAUGCUGACACCUUUCUAGACAAAUGUUUGAUUCAGUUCUGUUUUCAAAACUUGAUUCAGGAGGAACUGGAUGAAGUGACAUCAUUGUGGAACACUCACAGAAUAAGGCCAGUUCAUAAUUCCCGAUCUCCAAAUGGCCGUCCAACUAUUAUGCAUGCUGUACCUCAGUUAUAUGGUGCGAGAGAUUACUUGCACCCUGUUCACCCCGAAGAGGUUGACGUGUGUCUGGAAGAAUGUGUGUUCAAAGACUAUCCCUGUGACAAAGAUGUGUUUGAUGUGUGUGUUCAUCUCAUCGCAGAACACAACCUGGAUAUGUCAAAAGAUGUCUAUUCAACAUUGGAUGUUUACAUAAAACUCAGGGAGUUGAUAAAUGAUGAACUGACUGAAGAAGCCUGAACUGGUUUCAGUUUUUUGACUGCACUUAAUUUUUUCCACAAACAAAUACUGAACUCUGUACUGCAUAAGGGCUUUAGUAUAGCAUAAUAGCUUUCAC